AUGACCGAAUCAGCAGGUGCCGUCAUCGGCAUCAACUUUGGCCACUCCUACUCGUCCAUCGCCUGCAUCAACCAGCACGGCCGCGCCGACGUCAUCGCCAACGAGGAUGGCGAGCGUCAACUCGCCACGCGCAUCGCGUUCAACGGCGACCAGGUCUACCUCGCCAACCAGGCCACCCCGCAACUCGUCCGCAACGCCCCCAACGUCAUUGACAACUUUGUCAACCUCCUCGGUCGACCCUUCUCGUCGCUCUCGGAGAGCGAGAAGGCGCGCGCUUCUUCGCCCGUCAUCGACGUAAACGGCGCUGCCGGGUUCAAGGUCGAGAUCGAUGGCAAGGAGACCGUGCUCAGUGUGCACGAUGUGUCGGUUCGUUUCUUGCGCAGCCUUUUCACCACGGCCAAGGACUUCCUUUCCGGUGUGCCUAUCGCGGGUGCUGUGCUGAGCGUUCCGCAGUGGUUCCCCGAGACGCAGAUCGCUGCGUUGAAGAAGGCUGCGGAGGAAGCAGGUCUCAUUGUGCUGCAAGUGAUCCCCGCUUCGGCCGCUGCGCUUGCCGCAUACGGCCUCACCUCCCCCGCUGGACCCGGUCAGCUCCCCGCUCACCCCGACGGCGUCGACUCCGCUCCCUACCCGACCGAAAAGGCGCUCGACCGAACCGUCGUCGUCGUCGACAUGGGCGGUUCUUCCACCGACCUCACCCUCCUCUCUGCCCGCGCCGGUCUCUACACCUCCCUCGCCUACAUCCACGACCCCACCAUCGGCGGCACCGCACUCGACACCGCCCUCGUCCACUUCUUCGCCAAAGAGUUCACCAAGAAGACCAAGCUCACCAUCGCCGACACCGACAAACGUGCCUGGGCCAAACUGCGAAACGAGGCCGAGUUCACCAAGCGUGCGCUCUCCGCGUCCAACUCGGCCCAGUGCAGCGUGGAGAGUUUGGCGGAAGGAAUGGAUUUCACUGGAAGCGUCAACCGGAUGAGGUUCGACAUGUUGGCCGGUGCGACGUUUGGUAAAGUUGUUGCGGGUGUCGAGGCGGUGUUGAAAGAGGGAGGGGUGGAGGCGUGUCAGGUGGACGAGGUGGUGUUGGCGGGUGGAAGUGCGAGGUUGAGUGGGUUGGCGGAUCGAUUGGCUGGAUUGUUUGGUGAGGAGGUGGUCAUGACGGACAGCAUUGAUUCGGAUCAAGUCAUCGCAAGAGGAUGUGCGGUGCAGGCGCAGCUGAUUGCGGCCGCACCCGAAGGGAGCAAGGAGGCCGAAUACAUGCAUGGCAUCCCCGCCAUCCCGGUGAGCUCGGUGGCCGAGUUGAAGGUCGAGACCACCAGCGCACCGUUGGGUCUCGUUCUGGGUGGCAAGGAGUUUGUGACGCUCGUGCCGGCGUUUACGCCUUAUCCGGUUCGCAGGUCGUUCCGCCUCCCCGUGGCUAAGGGCGCCGCCUCGGUCGCGUUGACCCUCGACGAGGGCGUGGAGAGCAUCCUGAUCGAACACGUCGCUCCCGAGGAAGAUGAGGACGACGACGAACCGAUGGAGCCCGAGGAGAUCAAGACUGCCGUCACCAAGCCUGCGGGUAAGGACAUCGCCAAGUUCGAGGUCACCACCCCCGCCAAGGGCGCCAAGAAGGUCGAGUUGACCCUGACGCUGAGCAAGGUCGGCAGCCUGACGAUCGAGGCCAAGGAGGAGGGCGCUAGUGAGGGUGUCAAGCUUGUUCUCUAA